CCAAUGGGGAAACUCAACCACACGGCAAAGAUCCAAGUUACUGAGUUUAUUCUCCUGGGACUCACCUCCAGCCCCGGCCUGAAGGCACCACUCUUUGGAAUAUUUUUAAUCAUAUACUUGGUCACCCUGGUGGGCAAUCUGGGCAUGGUUAUUCUGACUCAUUUGGACCCUAAACUACAUACUCCUAUGUACUUUUUCCUGAGACAUUUGUCGAUCACUGAUCUUGGUUACUCCACAGUUAUCGGUCCAAAAAUGAUGGUAAACUUUGUUAUGCAGCAAAACACCAUUUCCUACAUUGGGUGUGCUAUGCAGCUGACAUUCUUUGAGAUUUUCAUCAUUGCUGAACUAUUUAUUCUUUCAGCCAUGGCAUAUGAUCGUUAUGUAGCCAUCUGUAAACCUCUUCUCUACGUGACUAUUAUGUCAGAGAAAGUGCGUGGGGCGCUGGUACUGGUACCCUAUCUGUACAGCAUAUUUGUGUCACUACUUCUCACAGUUAAGCUAUUUACACUGUCCUUUUGUGACUCUAAUGUCAUCAGCUAUUUUUAUUGUGACUGUGUCCCUCUGAUAUCUCUGCUCUGUUCUGACACACAUGAAUUAGAGCUGAUCAUAUUAAUUUUCUCAGGCUGUAAUUUACUCUCCUCCCUCUUGAUUGUUCUCAUAUCUUACAUGUUUAUUUUUGUGGCAAUUCUCAGGAUGAACUCAAAGGAGGGGAGGUCCAAAGCCUUCUCCACGUGCAGCUCUCAUCUGACAGUGGUGGUUGUAUUCUACGGAACUCUGCUGUUUAUUUACCUGCAGCCCAAAUCCAGUCAUGCUUUUGAUAUUGAUAAAAUGGCCUCUGUGUUUUAUACCUUAGUCAUUCCUAUGCUUAAUCCAUUGAUUUACAGUCUAAGAAACAAAGAAGUAAAAGAGGCCCUCAAGAGAACUUUUACUCAUGGAUUCAGAAUCCACACUUAA